AUGUUCUCCGCGCCCGCGUGCCUUCUCUACGCGCGCAGCAAGUGGUUCCGCCGCGCGUGGGAGGACGCGCCAGGCAGCGGCUUCGGGAAAUGCGUGGAAAUCACGAUUCCGCCUGUGCCCGGCGGAACGGAUGCGUUUGAAAGCAUUCUACAGUACUGUUACGGGCUGCCUGUUAACGCGGAUGCCACUAACGCGUUGCAGCUGCUGUGCUGCGCAGCGUUCUUCGAGAUGUGUGAGGGGAGCGAGGAGGACUCGUUGCAGCGACAGGCGUGGAAGUACAUUAACGAGUAUGUUCUUAACGAGUGGGAGGACAGCCUGCGGCUGCUGGAGACUGUAGCGAAGGACGAGCUUGUAAUGAGGGAGGCGCUGAAGCUCGACCUCCCGCUGCACGCGUCAGCAUGCGUGGCAGACCAUCUGAGCGCCAUGCUGUCGGGCCCCUUCGACAGCCCCUCGCGCACGGCCGCACUGCACCACCUGCUGGCGCGCCUGGCCGCGCUGCCCGCGCCCGUGCUGUCGUGCGUGCUGCAGGCGUGCCGGCAGGCCAGUGUCAGCUUCGUGCGCAUCGGCAACUACCUCGCUGCCCUCUCCCACUCCUGCCUCUUCCAACACAUCCCCUCCCUCGCUGCCGCUGCCGCCGCCGCCGCCGCUGCUGCUGCUGCUGGUGAUGGUGAUGGUGGGGAUGAGGAGGCGGAGGAGAGGGAGGAGGUGGGGCGGGCGAUGCUGUUUGAGUAUGCGUGCAGUGAGGCGCUGGAGCACGCUGCUGCCCUGCACGACCUGCACCACCGCCCGCCACCACCAGCAGCGGGAGGAGGAGGCGUGGGUGCGGAAAGCGGGGGGGCAUCAGCGGCAGCGGCAGCACAGCAGCAGCAGGUGUUGAGGCGGCAGCAGCAGGGCGGGUUGAGGUCGAGCACGCGCUACAUGCCGUCGGUGCAGUACCUGAUCGUGCUGCUCAAACACUGCGUCUCUCUGCAGGAAGGUCAUGCACUCACGGAUGCUCAUGGGCAGGAACAGGGCGGUCAAGUGAACGGUGCUGGUAAGACGAGAAGCUCAGCCUCAUUACAAGGGGAUUCGGUACAAGGAAAGGAAGGGUCGAGACAUUCGGUGAACAGCAAGGGGGUUGAAAGGGCAUCUUCCGUGCAGCGUGUGGGAGGCAGGGGCGUGAGGGGGGAUGCAGGCGCUGUGCCCACAGGGCUGCGGGAAACCAAAAGCGACAGCGACGUGGCCUCCAGUGAGCGAGCGAGCGCGAGCAGGACGGGCGAGGGCAUGGGGGAGAGCAUGCGGGCGGGCGUGGGGCGGCGCAAGGAGCUGCUGUUCUCGCGCCUGGCGCACCGCCUCACCGCCAUGCCCACCGCGCUGUCCCUGGCGGACCUGGUCUUCCUCGGCCCCGCCACCAGCCUGCUGCUCCUCCACUCCCUCCGUGACGCCUCCGUCUCCGCUGCCCCGCACCCCUCCAUCCCACCCCUGCCUCCCCUGUCAUCGCACCCACAGGCAUCGCCCACCGCCAGCACCGUUAAUGGCACUAGCACCAGCAUCACCACCAGCAGCGCCAGCAGCAGCAGCAUGAGCGGGCAGCGUGUGGCGGUGCGGGUGGUGGGGUCGGCAGCAGCAGCGCUGGGCGGCGAUCUGGUGUGCGACUACGUGCACUACCUGGCAGCGCGCAUGACGCACCAAUCACAGCACCACACGUGGCUGCCCUUCCUGCGCCUGUGCCCUGCAUGGCCGGGCCUGUCAAGCUUCCUGGUGGACCUGAUAGCGCUGCUGCACCUGCUCUUCCCCGACUGCCGCCACCUCCCCCCCGUGCCCGAGCUCUGGACCAUGGUGGACGUCUCCGCGCUCUCCGACGACAAGCUCGCUCUCGCUGGGAAAAUGUGCUGCGAGGAAGGGGCAAAGGGGGAGAUGGGGGAGGGGAUGCUGGGGAGAGGGGUGGCGGGUGGGGAGGAGGGUGGGGUGGAGAGAGAGCAGCGGGCGAGGGGUGUGAGCGCGGGGGGGGAGAGUGGGAGGGAGGGGGAGAGGGGGAAGGAAGGGGGGAUGCGGGGGGAGGUGGAGAGGGAGCGGCGGGGGCGGCAGGAGAGGGCACUGCAGCAGGCGGCACUGGAGGUGGAGAGUGUGCGCGCUGCCACCACCCGCCUCGCCCUCGACACCGCUCAGGGCAUGGCAUUGGACCCGUGUCCAUGGGAGACGCUACAGCAGCGGGGGUUGGAGGCGGACAUGGUGGUGGACAUCGAUGGGGUCUCGUGGCCGCUGCACCGCCACGUGCUGCUCCCCCACUGCCCGCUCCUCCACUCCCUCCUCCCCGCCGCAACUGCCGCCGCCGCCACCGCCAGUGCGUGUGAGGGCGAGCAGGGCUUGAUGCCGCUGACGCCACUGGCCUUGGCCACGGGGCUGCCAAUCGUGGCGCUCACCGGCUUCCCAGGGGGACCGCGCGCCUUCUCCAUCAUCGCCCGCUGGUGCUACGGCUCGCGCCCCAAGCUCUCGCCCAGCCAGGCCGCUGCUGUGCUCUUUGCUGCUCGCUUCCUCGGCAUGGAGGACCGUGCCAGUGAGGCGCUCAUCCCAGUGGCGGUGAGUGCGGUGAAGGGCGGGCUGGCGGAGGGGUGGCAGGCGUGCUUUGACAUCCUGGACCGCUGCUACCACGACCAGGUGCUGGACGCCCUCGUCGUCGAGUUCAGCCUCAACCGCCACUUCGUUGACUCCGCAUGCAGUGCCAUAGUGAAGCUGGAGUCGAAGCUGGUGGGGAGUGGGCGGUGGGGCAACGACGACUGGGCGACGGUGAACCGUCUGUUGGAGGGCAUGAGCAAGCUGCCCCCCGACAUCAGCCGCCGUGUGGUGCAGCAGCUGUGGGACCUGCGCCACUCCCUCUGGGCCUCCGUGUGCCCCGCGCCCUGCUCUGACUCCAACCCCGCGGACAAGGACGAGCACCCGGGCAUCAAGGCCAUGGCCACGCUGGGAAGCUUCCUGCUGGGUAUCACUCUGCUGAGUAAGAUGGAGUGGCGGAGGCAGCAGGACGAGGAGGAGGAGAAGAGGAGGAAGAAGGGCGGGCAGGGGUCAGCAGGUAGCAGCAGCCCGAGCCAAGCUGCCAACUCUCCAUCGGCCCUGGCGCUCAGUAGUGGCAGCAGCGGGGUGCGGAGCCGUGCGCAGCCGCCAUACGACAACAUUCUGUGGAUGCUGCGAGUGCUCAAGCUCUUCAUCUCGCCUCCCUUCGACCACCCCAUCCUGCUCGUGCUCAGCAACAACACGCCCCUCCUCGAAACCCAGCACCUGCACUUCCUCGACCUGCCCUCCUGCCUCUCCCUCCUGACACUCGUCUCCACCGCCCCCCGCCAGGACGCCCACCUGGUGGCCACCGCUGAUCUGCUUGACGCCUACCUCGCAGCGCAGGGCACCAAGCGCAACCCACCGCUCAGCCCCGACGAUUUCCGCGCGCUCGUCACGCGCCUGCCGCCCGAGGCGCGGCCGACACACGACGGGGUGUUUGAGGCGGUGUGUGCGUUCGCCGAGGCCGACCCGCGCCCCGCCACGUGGAACCUGCUCGCGCUCGUGGACUGCGGGCGGCUCACCCCGCGCUGCCUGCGCCUGGCGGCGUCGGCGGCGGCGUCCAUGGAGUUUGGGCAGUCGGCAGUGGCAGGCUUCUGGCUGUUCCUCGUCUCGCUCCUGCGCGCCCUCAUGUAUCAAGGGGGGAGGGUCAGGGCGAGAGGACGGGGAAGGGGAGGAGGAAGAGGAAGGGGAGGGAGCGCUGGGAGAGAGGCGAGUGAGGAGGAGACAGGGGCGGGCAGUGAGUGGGAGGAGGGCGAGGGGUAUGGGCGUGCAGGGGAGGACGCGCAUGCGGGCGGGUACGGGGGUGAGCGGUACAGUGAGUCAGCAGCGGCGGAGAGAGAGGCGGUGCCAGGGCGGCUGCGACUCACUGAAGAGGCGCUCUCGCCCUUCCCCCUGCUGCCCCCGCCCCCCUCCGCGCCUGCUGGCAGCGCUGCAGCUCGGUGGGCAGCAGAGGGUGGCAGCGCAGACGCAGGCGCAGAGCAGGGCGGGCACACCCUGCUGCAGCAGCAGCGGCAGGACGAGCAGGCGCAGGAUGGGCCGGAGCAGAAGCAGGGCAAGGGGGCAUCAGGCAUGGGUGCAAGUGUGGCUGGUCGGUUUGCAGCAGCGUUGAGCGCCAUGGCUGGUGGGGAGGGGUCGCUGGCGGACGAGGCUGCUGCCAUUGCUGCUGCUCUGCCCGCUCCACGCGUGUGGGACCAGACGAGCCUCGACAGGAUCUCCACCGUUGAUCGCGAGGAGAAGAUCCGACGGCUGGAGUCGCAGUGCAUGGACGAGUGUGUGCAGCUGUGCCGCGACCUCAUCGUGCGCCAACGCCUCUGGCACCAGGACAUAGUGGAUGCGGGCAAGCCGCUGCCGCCCGUCAAGCUCUUCCCCAUCGUGCCGCCUCUGGAUCUCCUCGCAGGCACGGGGACAGUGGCGGGAAAAGCAGAGGCGAAGCAAGAGGAGGAGGGGGCACAGUGCGAGGAGGAUGCACCGUUGGGGAGGCAGCAGCAGCACGCGGGGAUGAAGAGGCCGCUGGGGCAGGUGGGGGGCGCGCAGGGGCAGCAGGGCGGAGCUCCCGUGGUGGCUCAGCCGAAGCAGAUGGUUCGGCGGCUCCUGGUGUGGCGGGCGAAUGAGCGCGAGGCGCUGCGGAAGGCCCUGCUCGCAUUUGGGCUCACCCGACCCUCCAUGGUGCAGAGCAGCAUGCGGGAGAGCAUGAGGGGCGAGCGCCACGGAGCGGGCGAUGUGGUGGACGCCACGUGUCACUUCCUGCGCGCCUGCUCAACGCUGCAGCCCGCUGAUGCCCUCGACCCGCGUGACCUCGCGUGGGCGCAGCGCCGCCUCUCCCACCUCGCCUCCAUGGCCGCCUUGUCCCUCUUCUUUCCCCCCUCAGCAUCAGUCAUUGUGUCUUUUACACCAAGCAACCAACCUCCCUCCCUCCCUUUCCCCUCUCUCCCGUCCCCCCUUCUCUCCUUCUCUUCCCCUCUUUUGGGCCCCCCCAAUGGUGGUGGGACCUCAGCUCAGCACGAGGUGCUGGGCUUCAUGGCGCGCCCCACGGGCUUCUGGAAAUGUUCACAAGUCACGGACCAACCACGCCUCUCCCACCCUCAACCCGUGCCGUGCCACCCCCCUGUCCCCCUGCAGCACGAGGUGCUGGGCUUCAUGGCGCGGCCCACGGGCUUCGCCCUCGCAUGCCACCACGUCGCAGCGCUCACUGAUGCCACGCUGCCCGCCCAUUGGUGGACGCGCGACGCUGACCUGGCGCUGCUGCUGGGCGUGGCAGCACACGGGUACGGCGCGUACGAGGCCGUGUAUGGCGACGCCUCCCUGGGACCCUACAUCUGCAAGCCCCAGGGGGACAGGGGGGCGCGCGGGGAGAACGGGGAGAAAGGGGAGGAGAAGGGGGCGGGGGAGGGAGGGGUGGCGGGCGAGGGGUCGGGGUGGUUGGACGCGUACACGCUGACGCGGCGGCUCAAGCGGCUCAUCGAGCACCUCGUGCGCAUCAAGCGAUCCGUGCGCCCCCACCCCUGCGCCCCAACCCCCGCUCUCUACCCCCGCUCCCUGCUCCUCCCCGCAUUGCCUGCUCUCCAUCCUCUCUCUGCCUCGCUACCUGAUGGCAUUCUAAGCGUCUGCGGUGCCAUGCUACACGUUUGCAUGCGCAUGCGCAUGCAAUGCAACGUGUCGGAGCAGUUUCCAGGUGCAUAA